GGCGGUAGUGGCGCGGAGCGUGGUGUGAAGAACCGCCAUGAUUGUACUGCGGUUCCCAAGCACCUGAAUCAGUGUUUUUUUCUCAAAAUAAUUCUUUGUGUGUGUUAGAAAGAGAAAAUAAGCAAAAUGGGCACUUCCUAGUUGGUGCCCCCCAUAUUUUGCGGUGGGCUGUGGCCCACUCGGCCCCCCGUGAAGUGAAUAACGAAAUGUUUUGUUGUGAUGCGGGCUUGCUAAUAUUUGUGCUGCCAAAAUGAGCAAGUUUCGCGCGAGGCAGCUAGACGCCUCUAAACCUAUCCCUGUGUAUAUGCAAGAGGAUAUCCCUGACUAUGCGGAAUUUAAUGCAAUCAACAGGACUGUGCCGCAGAUGCCCACGGGGAUGGAAAAGGAGGAAGAAACGGAACAUCACCUGCAGCAGGCCAUCUUUCACCAACGUGUGAUUCCGGUACCCGAAGUGUUUGACUUGGGUACCGAUGAUGCCUCCGUCCUUGACAAGAUGUACCCUACCACCUACAAGGCCCCCCGACAGCUGAUCCACAUCCAUCCAUUCUCAGCGGACCAAGAUAUCCCUGAGUAUGACAUGGAUUCUGAAGAUGAAGUCUGGGUCAGUCAACAUGCUGCUAAAGGAGAAGUCCCUCUCACCAACCUUCAGUUUGAGGAGAUGAUGGACCGUCUAGAAAAGGCUUCUGGGCUGAAAGCUGUGACCCUGCAGGAGGCCAAGGUGCUUCUGAAGGACGAUGAUGAUCUCAUCAUUGCAGUCUACGACUAUUGGCUCAACAAGCGGCUCAGACUGGCUCAUGCACUCAUACCGCAGGUUAAGACAGAGAAGGGGUCUGGUUCCAAUUCCAGCGAUCCGUACGUUGCUUUCCGUAAAAGAACAGAAAAGAUGCAGACCAGAAAGAACCGCAAAAAUGAUGAAUCCAGUUACGAAAAGAUGCUUAAACUACGCCGAGAUCUGUCCAGAGCGGUGACCCUGCUGGAGAUGGUAAAACGAAGAGAAAAAGCUAAAAGAGAAUACCUCAACUUAAAUAUUGAGGUGUUUGAAAGAAGGUAUGAAAUGCAAGAUUUUACUGGAUCAGUGUUGGCGGAGGUUAGUGCUUUGCGGACACAACGGCCUGCUUUUGCUCCCCUAUUCUCCAACCACCAGCUGUCAUCUGGCAUUACAGCCUCGAGUGCUACAUCAAGUGGAUCCUGGUUGAAGGUUGCACCAUUGUCACAUUCCAGCAAAGUGAGUAAGAAAAGAGAGGAUGGGAAGCGAGAGCGAAGAUCAUACAAAAAGCGCCCACGGAGACAUCACGGACAAAUAUCUUCUUCAGCGUCAUCCACACCCCCAACACCCCAGCUCACUCCCACAUACACUCACCCUCCUGACCCAUAUACAAUCGCUUCAGCAUACCCACAGGACUCUCUGGGAUAUGUGCCUCCAAGUUCAGAGGAUGAGGUGGCUUCACCCUCACAAUCUGAAGCAGAGGAGGAAAAUGAACCAGAUGGUGUCUUCACGUUUAGGAGGAAAAAAUUUACCAAUUACCAUGCCCCCCGGGAAGGCAACUGGCCAUGGGUCCCUCCAGAUGAAGGUGGAGGAGGUGACCCAAGAUACCGAUUUUCACUCACCUCUUUGGCUCACCCAACUCGUCGAUGUAUUGGCUUUGCGCGCCGCAGAGUCGGUAGAGGGGGCAGAAUGUGGAUAGAUAGGUUAAGUACUCCGCUUGAUGAUCUGUGGUUCAAGACGGACUUUAGAGAUGUGGGACCAAACGGCCUCACAGCGACAAAUGAUUUCCUCCAUGAGGUUAAAACAGAAUGGCCACACUUCUGCCCAAGUACCCCACCAGAGGACAACGACACAGAUGUGGAAAUAGAUGUAGAGACUGUAGGAGUUCCUGUCACUCUAACUCCCGACGUGAACCUCAACUCCACCUCAUCCGCCGAGGAGUUAAACCUAGCAUCUACAUUGCCAACUUCUGUUUACAUCACAGCAGAGGUUAUCGAUGGUGAAGCUGCUGGAAAUGUAACUGAAUUAGAAGUGUCAAUACCAUCAGAUCUGGACACUUUACUCCAAAGUGACUCUGGAGUGAUCCUCGAAGAGAAUCUAGAUGUGGACCUUGUGACAGAAAACAGUAAUGGAACAAGAAGUGGUCACUGUGGUGGUGGUGGGACGAAUGAUGGUUCUAGUGCUAGUGGUGGUAUAACUUUGGAUGAUCUCUCGAACAGUGAAUGGGCAUCAAAUUAUAGUAGUACAAUUAAUAGACAACAGCAACAUUCCGUAGAUUUCACCACUCAACCGACAUCCAAGUUUGUGACGCUAGACUCAACUAACACGCUUCCCUUGGCAGUAUCGGGGCUUCAACUUAGUACAAGCAAUGUGACGGGUGAUGAAAUUCAUUCUUCUUCCUUAUCUUCCUCAUUUUCCACAUCCUCAUUGACAUCUUUACCAUCCUCAUCCUUGACAUCCACAUAUUCCUCCACUUCUUUACCUACUUCCUCAGCAACUAGUCUAAGUAACAGCUUACUGUGUGCCUCCUCAAGUGUUUUAAGUGACAAGGUUGGCAGCGAAUGUUCAAACAGUGAAUGCAGUGGUAGUCAAGUGUUAACGUCUUCACACCAACAAGAAUCUUCGUCGGCAGAUGCUUUGAGUGUACCCAGUGGACUCUUAUUAUCUAAUAAUAAAAAUAACGGUAGCAAUGUCUUAAGUAGCGCGACCACAAAUAACGUGAUGUCUCAAAAAUUUUUUGCAUCAACAACUCGGACAAACGACAGCUUACCCAACAGUGAAAGUAACAAUAGUGCAGCAGUUUUAACAAAUGGACCGAGUAAUUCUCUAGACAGCUCAAAAUGUGCUAAAGUGGAUCAUUAUAUGUUUCAUGAAACUUGAACUUUGUCCUGAAAUUAGCAACAAUCAGGAAAAGAUUUUUGUUUUCAAUUCAUUUAAUGUCUUUAACUUAUUUUUAUACCGAAUGCACAAGGAAAUAAUAAGAUGUGUUGAUUAUUCCAUGUCUUAAUGUGUUUUAUUCAAAAUCCUAUUAUAUAUUCCGGCAUGAUGGGUGUCACAUUUCAUUGGACUUAAAUAAGAAACAAUUGCUCCAAUAUUUCCAUCGCUUUGGUGUCCAUGUUUUAUUUGCUCAAAUUCUAAAACUGUAUAGAUGACAAGUACAAAUAAAUGAAUACCAGUCAU